AUGGAUGAUGCUGACUCCCUUUGCCCAAUUGUGAAAAAGUUCAAUCCCACUGCCUACAUCUAUAGUAAUAAUACCCUCAAAAGUAUUCUCAACGACGAAAAUUUCAGGCAUAAUACUUUGAAUAGAUUGCAAAAGGCAGUCCAAGUUCCCACUCAGAUCUACGAUGGCAUGGUUCUUCCUGAUUACACAAGCUUGUCGAACAUAUCUGCUCAACUAGAGGAGGAAUGGGUUCCCUUCGAAGAUUUCCAAAUCUAUUUGGAGAAUGCUUUUCCAUUGGUACAUGAACAUUUGAAGCUCGAGAAAAUCAAUAGACUAGGUCUCGUUUAUACAUGGGAGGGAAGCAAUACUUCAAAGAAGCCUAUAAUGUUGAUGGCUCAUUAUGACGUAGUUCCCGUUCAGCCAGAGACAAUCGAUCAGUGGACAUUUCCCCCAUUUGAGGGUGCGUACGAUGGGCAAUAUGUGUAUGGCCGUGGUGUUCUGGAUUGCAAGAACCUACUUGUUGGCAUUAUGGAAACAAUCGAACUCCUACUCGCUGAAGGUCAUUUUUUUCCGCAGAGAACAAUCAUUUUGUCGUUUGGUUAUGAUGAAGAGGCAGCGGGUACUGGAGCUGAAAAGAUAUCAAAGCAUUUGCUCACAAGAUACGGACCAGCCUCAUUCUUCCAAAUAAUUGACGAGGGAAAUUCUGGAUACGUUGAAGUGGAAGGCAAUAAAUACAUUUUACCCGCAAUUAGCGAAAAGGGUCACUUAAACUCAAUCCUCGAACUUUAUACUCCUGGAGGACAUUCGUCUAUUCCCCCCGAGCAUACUUCAAUUGGACUCUUGUCAAAAGUUAUUAGUUUGAUUGAGGAUAAGGAGUUUGAAAGCAUUUUAUCUAAUGCUAAUCCUGUUCUAAACGAAAUGCAGUGUGUUGCUGAGAAUUCGCAAUCUAUUGGUCCUACGCUCCGAAAAACUAUUUUGAAAGCUCACUUGAACAAGAAUGCGAAUAAAGACUUACUAGAGUACUUAUCUCGUGAUUCAAGUACUAAAUUCCUCGUCAGAACAUCUCAGGCUGUCGAUGUUGUUCAUGGAGGUAUUAAAUCAAAUGCGCUUCCGGAACACGUGUCAGUUUUAAUCAAUCACAGAAUCGCCUUAGAGGAUUCGGUGGCAUCUACAAGACAAAAAAUUAUCUCCCAAGUGCAAAACUUUGCUGUCGAUUUUGGUUUGGGACUCAUCUGUGACGGCGAAACAGUGUUGAAUAAAACUGAGAAUGGGUUUUUCAGCUACACCACGGAUGAGCCGUUGGAACCCGCCCCUUUAACACCAGUUGGAGAUGGCGUUUGGGAAGUUUUUGGUGGCUCUUUAAGGUAUUUGUAUGAAGAUUUGUUAUCACCUACUUCCAAUGAAACUUACAUUUUUGCGCCUUACAUAGGCACAGGAAACACGGAUACUAAAUCGUAUUGGAAUUUGACAAAAAAUAUCUUCAGGUAUGUACCAGGUACAUCUAUGUUGGGUUCCAACGUUCAUUCAGUGGAUGAAAAGCUUGAAUUCGAUAGCCACUUGCAAAUCAUUGCAUUUUAUUACUAUUAUUUGCAAGUCGUGGAUCAGUUGGAUGAGUCCAAAAUAGAUACGCCUGCAUCACAGUAA